GGCAGAUUUAUACAAGAAGUCUUCCACUGCUCAAUGCAUAUGCCACAAGAUGCAGGAGGACAGAACACUGACUGAAAGUUUGGGUUGAUGAUUUAUCUCGUGUUAGUGUUGUCUGUCUGCCUUGAGGAGGGUUCCUUGCAGAGAAAAGAACUUACUGCUUCUUCUUUGCAUCUUUUUACCAAUUACUGCUAAAAAAGGAAUGCAAGCUUCAAAGAAUAAAAGUUCGGAAAAGCCAGAACCAUUCUACAGGCUUUCCAUGCCGAAGCCGAAGACUAGUUCUGAGAUUAUAAAUGAAGCAAGAAAUGUUCUACGAACGCUAAGAACUCGGAGACCGUUUACACCUACAGAGGAUCAGAGGAAACUUUUUGGAUCUGGAUCCUCACGAACUCUUGAAAAUAGACCCCUUUCAGUUUUUAGUCUUCAUGCUUCCAGUUUUGAUUUGACUGAAUCAAGACCAGUUUCUGGUAUUCGUCUUAGCCCACUGGAUCAUAAGCCAAAAGUACUCACUUCUGCAAAAGAUUCUUUUAUUUCCCUUCCAAAACCUUCUGUGGAUCCUGAGGAGGUGAGAAGAGUCAGCAGUGCUCGAGCAGCCUUAUUUCGAAGAACUUCUCAGGAAAAUUUCCUUCCUGCUAAAAUGUUUCCUCCUGAUCAAAAUGAAGGAAAGCUAGAUUCUGAAGAGCCAACUAUGAUGAAUAAUCCUUGCAGAAGUAAUGAAAACUGCUUAGCAGAACAAAGGGCGCAUACACAAAUUAACAAUGGAAAAAGUCGAUUAUUUUAUAAUGAGCAUAUCGGCAAAUCAGAGAGGGAAGACAUCCUGAAAGGGACAGCAGGAAAACUUUUAUUUCAACUGAGAGGUGAAAGUGACCAGAUGAAAAAGCUGGGCAUGAAUUCAUCAUGUCCAAGGAGUACAAGCUGGAAAAGAGGACUAACAGGCUUAGAGGAUGACAGAACAGUAAAUGAAUCUGAAGAGGAAGAAAACUUUUGGCAUGUAAAGAUUCUACCAAUUCUAUGUGAACUGGAGAAUGAAGACAAUAUAGAAAAUCUUUGCCUGGCUUGCACCAAACUCCAUCAAGCUUUGAAUGAAGGAAAUAUGUUUGGGAAAAGAUUUAAAAGGAAAAGUGUGCUUCUGAAGACAUUAUAUAGACUUGUAGACAUUGAUUCAGACCCACUUUGCCUGAAGCUGGCAAAGAUUAUUCUGUCUAUGAAAGUGAAUGGAAAAAAUCUUAUCACUGUCUGCAAGCUUGCAUUUAAAAUUUGCAGAAAUGAAAAAAAUGAUUAUAUCAUACAAAAUGAUAAAUUAUUGGAUUGUUUGUUGGAGGUUCUGAGAAUGGAAGAUCUACAAAAAAACAAUGAAGCUCUCCUGUAUUGUAUGGGAGCUGUAAAAUUCAUGUCUGGAAAUGCAGUGCUCAUUAAUGAAAUGGUCAACAAACAAGCUGUUGAAGUGUUGCUGCAGUUAAUGAAGCAGAUUAAUAAUAUCAAAGAAAAUGAGACACAUUUCUUCAGCUUGGGCCACCUAUUAGUCCAGUUGACAGCUACUUUGCGAAACUUGGCUGAUUUACCUGAGGCAAGAUGCCAGCUCAUUUGCAAUGGUGCAGUCCCUGAGCUCUGUGUGGCGCUAGAGCAGCGUAUGAAUGAUACGGAUGUGUGUACCUAUAUUGUCAGGAUAUUCAGCAAACUUUCUUCCUACAAUGACUUCUGUGCAGCUUUGGCAGACUGCUCCAGAUGUUACAUCUUAUUUUUAGCCCUACUAAACAAGCACCAGAAGAAGCAGGAUUUGGUUGUCCGUAUUGUCUUCAUUCUUGGGAAUUUAACAGCAAAAAAUAACGAGGCCCGCAAGCAAUUUUUUAAAGAAAAAGGAAGUGUUAACACACUGAUAUCGUUAUUCCAAAUCUACCAUAAACUUGAUUUGAAUGCAGAAGAAUGGAACCAUGAAAGAGGAGGAGGAGAAAAGAAAAAACAAAAGCAUCCUUCAGAAGCAGAAGAUGUUCUUAUAAAGCUGAUAAGAGUGCUGGCCAAUCUCUCUGUUCAUCCCAGUGUAGGGGCAGCUCUGGCAGCUGCUCAUCGUGUUGUAGAAUUACUUGUUAUGGUACUAGAAUACAAGUCAAUUGAUGACUGUGAGGAGCUGGUUAUCAAUGCUGCAGCAACAAUCAACAAUUUAUCCUACUACAAAGUGAGGAGUUCUGCAAUUGAAGACAAGAAGCUACAUAUUGCAGAAAUGCUUUUAAAGCUGUUAAUGAGCAACAGUAUGGAUGGAGUUGUGGAGGCUGUAAGAGUCUUUGGCAAUCUUUCCCAGUAUCAUGAGAUAUGUGACUUCAUCAUACAGAAAAAGAUUUACAAGUUCAUGAUUGCUUUACUUGAUGCCAAGAAUCAAGAUGUCUGCUUUUCUGCCUGUGGAGUUCUGCUCAAUCUCACUAUAGAUAAAAAUAAACGAGCUUUCCUGAAGGAAGACGGAGGAAUUGGGAAGUUAGUUGACUGUUUACAAGACUUUGGGCCGGCAGACUGGCAGUUGGCUUGUCUGAUAUGCAAGACCCUGUGGAACUACAGUGAAAACAUCACCAGUGCGGCCUCGUGCUUUGGAGAAGAUACUGACACGCUUCUAGAGCUGCUCACAUCACUCUUGGAUGAAGGGCUAUCAUUGGAUUACAGCCUUGACCGAGAUUUAAGAGACUGCAACAAGAUAUAUUGGGAAACAGAAUUCAAACCUGUGGCAGAAAAGCUUCUGGAGAGAAUUCAAAGCCAUCACUCCUCCCAACAUUGACUAUUACUCCAUUUUAAUCAGAGGUUGGCUAUGGAGUAUUUAAAUAGCUGAAAUAUUUGUAGGUAAUAACAUAACGAUAGAUGCAAAUAAUAUAUAAUAAUAUAUUGAAAACACUGCAAAAUAAUUUUUGUGAUGUAAAUUGAACAGUUAUGUUAUUUCUAAUGCACCUGUACAUUGAUGUUGCUGCAUGUUGGAGAGCACAGGAAAAAAUGACUUUUAAAGGAGUAGAAGUUGACAUUUAUAUACUGGAUACUAUUUUUUGAGAAACUUGUAUGAAAUUUUGGUGUGUGUAAUUACUUUUUACAGUAUUUUUGAGCUUAUCAAGCAGCUGUUCAAUGUGAUUCAUCUAAUAAUUAUGUUUCUUUGCUGGCAAAAUGAAACAAAGCUUCUAAUUUUAAAAGGUAAAUUACCAUUGGGUACUUGGAUCUCUAUGGUAUCAAAGAGUACUGUAAUAGAAUGUUAUAUGAUAUGAGCCACAUCUACCCACAGACUU